AUGGAGAGCCUCUACAAGGAUCAAUGUGAGAUUUCCACUAAGGAUAUGUGGCCAGAGGAUUCUGCAGGAGAUCUCACAAAUGAGGAGGUAGCUGGCUUUGAUUUUGUGGUAAUUGGUGGAGGUUCUGCGGGUUCGGUGGUGGCCAGCCGUUUAAGUGAAAAUCCUUUGUGGCGAGUUUUGCUGCUGGAGGCUGGCCCCGAUCCCCCCAUGGAGUCGGAGAUCCCCUUUCUCUUCACCUCGGUCCAGGCCUCGAAUUAUACUUACACCUAUAGAGCAGUGGCCAAUGGGGUGUCUUGCCGGUCGGCUCCUUUGGGAAAUUGUGGCUGGCUGAGUGGCAAAUGUUUGGGUGGCUCGGGAGCCAUUAAUGCCAUGCUGUAUUUUCGUGGAACCCGUGCGGACUAUGAUGGGUGGUGUGGUGCAGGAGGAGCCGCAAAUUGGUGUUAUGAAGAUGUGUGGCCUUAUUUUGAAAAAUCUUUUCGAAAUGAGGGGAAUUUGACCCAUCCCACAGGGUAUAUAAGUUUGGAGGAAUAUGGCAACUAUGCUGAGGAUAUUAAGGGACUCUUUUCCAAAGGAGCGGAGGAAUUGGGUGUGAAAAGGAUUACCGAUUUUGUGGAAAACAGUUAUCUGGUUUAUGGCAAUUUUCGUGGCAUUCUGGAGAGAGGCCAACGUAGCAGCAGUGCCAAGGGGUUUUUGGGAAGAGUUACCAAGUUCAGGAACAAUUUAAAGGUGGUGAAAAAUGCCCAGGUUCGCAAAUUGUUGUUCAACGAAAAGGGAGAUCGGGUCAAAGUAGGAAGGGAAGCUAUUUUGUCAGCCGGCACCGUGGAAUCAGCCAGACUUCUGAUGCUCUCAGGGAUAGGUCCUAAAGAGGUUUUAGAGCCACUGAAAAUACCAGUUCGCCACAAUUUACCAAUUGGAGAAAAUUUACAGGACCAUGUGGCCAUACCCAUAUUCUUCUCCAUACCCUCGGAAAGGACCUCUCUGGAUCUGCAGGAUAUUUAUGAUUAUUUGAAAUUUCGAAAGGGAUUUUUAGCAUCCAUUGGCACGGGGUCCUUGAAUGGUUUUAUUAAAUCAGAUACCAAAUCAAAAUGUCCCUAUCCUGACCUGCAACUACAACACUUUACCGUGCGCCGUGGUGCCCCCUUGGGAAUGGGGUUCCUCGCGGGUUUUAUGGCCAAUGAAAAUUUGAAAAAAUAUUUCGAAAAUCUGGUAGACCAAGGCGAUGUGGUUGUGGUGUUUAUUUUACUACUCCAACCCAAGUCGAGGGAAAAAAUUCAAUUACAAUCCUCCGGUCCUGAGGAUCCUCUUCUAAUCUAUCCAAAUUAUCUACAACGACAGGAAGAUGUAGAGGGACUUUUGGGAGGGAUAAAAUAUCUCAAACGCCUGGCAAAAACCUCCACCUUUCUGCGCAGAAAGGCUAAAAUGUUGCGGGUCCCCAUAGCGGAAUGUUCGGAAGAUGCCGAACAAUAUUGGCCAUGCUAUAUUUCGUAUUAUUCUUCGACUAGUAGCCAUUUGGUGGGUACCAUAAAAAUGGGAGCAACAAAUGACAGCUCGGCCUGUGUGGAUCCCCAACUCAAAGUGAAGGGUGUACGGAACUUGAGGGUGGCAGAUGCAUCCAUAAUGCCGCAGAUAACGAGAUUCUUCGAAAUGUGGCUAACAAGUGUGGCAGGCUCAGGGCCAGCUAAUGCGGCAGUUUGUUCCGCCCAGUGUCCAAUACCAAGUGUGGGAGCUGUUAAUACCCUGGUAUCGCUUUUGGUUGAGGGUAUCCUAUCCGCCCAAUGUAAUGUUUCAAGUCCUGAGGUUUGGCCUGAGGAUUAUGCCGAUCAGGCUCGACGGAAUGGCCUCAAGGAUCCUUAUGAUUUUGUGGUUAUUGGAGCCGGCACAGCAGGUUCGAUAAUGGCUAGCCGUUUAAGUGAAAAUCCGCAAUGGAAAGUUUUGGUCUUGGAGGCGGGAGGAGAUCCACCACCAGAGUCGGAGAUCCCCGAUGUAUUCUUCUCGAUGCAACAUACCCCACAUUCCUAUCGCUACUUCACCGAACCUGAUGGUGGCUGUAGCUGCCAGGCAUUUGAGGGCGAACGCUGCCAUUGGCCCCGUGGCCGCACCAUAGGUGGUACGGGAGCCAUGAACGGCAUGUUGUUUAUUAGAGGAACCCGCCGUGAUUAUGAUCUAUGGUGUAAGGAGGGUGCUGCAGGAUGGUGUUAUGAUGAAGUGUUGCCAUAUUUCGCAAAAGCCAUAACGCCACAAGGAAAUGCCAGCCACCCCAGAGGCUAUGUGGCCCUUAAUCAUUUUGGAAGGUUCACCGAGGAUAUCAACGCGGUGAUACUGCAGGGAGCCCAGGAAUUGAAGCAACCUCUGGUGGAAGAUUUUGUGGAGGGGAGUUAUGUCGGCUAUACCUAUGUUCGAGGCACCACGGCAAAUGGCAAACGUUCGAGUACGGGGAAAAGUUAUCUGGCCAAGGUGGCGGAACGUCCUAAUCUCAAGAUCAUUAAAAAUGCCCAGGUCACCAAGUUGAAAUUUGAUUCGUCGGGGAAGAAAGUCAAUACUGUGGAAUUUCGUCUGCAAAAUAAAUCUUCCCUCCAAGUCAAUGUCGGACGAGAGGUCAUACUUUCCGCAGGGGCCAUAGAUUCCCCCAAGCUACUAAUGCUUUCCGGCAUAGGACCCUCCGAAGUGUUGAGGCCGUUAAAUAUACCCCUUCUCCAUGACUUACCGGUGGGUAAAAAUUUACAAGACCACGUGAUAGCCAUUAUAUUUUUCCGUAUACCAGCCCCACCUUCGAACCCUUUGGAUAGCCUCACGGCCACCUAUCAAUAUUUGACAAACAAUUCCGGGCCUCUAAGUGGCAUUGGUACGGCCCACUUGACAGGAUUUAUAAAAGCGGAUGCAAAAUCCUCUUCACCCUACCCAGAUGUGGAGAUACAUCACAUUCUAGUGCGCAGAGGUAAUCGGGAUGGUCUAAGGACCCUCUUAAAUGGCUUCACAGUGAAGCGAGAAUUCCAGGAACACAUUUUCGGAGAAUUGGAAAAAUAUACGAUUCUGAUCAAAUUUGUGGUACAGUCGCAUCCCCGCUCCAGGGGACAAUUGAAGGUGAGAUCAAAAUCUCCUGCAGAUCCACCCAUAAUCGAAUCGGGUUAUCUUCAAGACCCCUAUGAUAUGGAUAUGUUAAUGGCCGGUAUUGAUUAUAUGAUGGCCUUGGAAAAUAGCAAGGCCUAUCGAAGCAAUGGCGUGGAAUUGAUGCACAUACCCAUUGCGGAAUGUGAUAGCCUACGUUUUAAAUCGGAGGAAUAUUGGCGUUGUUAUAUUAAAUAUUUUUCCAGUACCUGCUAUCAUCAAUCGGGUUCAGUGAGAAUGGGAGCGGUGGAGGCUGAAAGCACCUGUGUGGAUCCGCAGUUGCUGGUGAAAGGUGUGGACAAUUUAAGGGUUGUCGAUGCCUCCAUAAUGCCUUAUAUUACCACAGGAAAUACUAAUGCUCCCACUAUUAUGAUUGCGGAAAAGGCAGCGGAUAUGGUCAAGGGAAAAUACGAGGGAAGGGGUUGA